AUGAAUACCGAAUCUAAUUUCAAUAUUCAGUCAGCUUCAUUACUUGAAUUCCGUUAUGCCUGGCACAAAAUCAAUCAGAGUGCGAAAUCCUUUCGACCAUUUCAGUAUUCAUUAGAACCUACAGUAUGCAAAAAAAAAAAGCGCGCCAAAGCUGCUUUAUACAUAGCAAUUUCACCUCAUAGAAAUGGUCAGUUAGUUAGAAAUUUAAUUCGACAUAAUUGGGCACUAAAAGCUAAAGCUGACAGUAUUGAGGUCAUAUUUUCUAUGGGUCAGAUCAAAAAUGAGAGUGAACUCAUUCAAGAAAGCUACACUAUUGCGCAGGAAAGCAUUAAGUUUGGAGAUAUAUUAAUGGCAAAUUUCUAUGAUAGUUGGGAAAAUUUGGUGCAAAAAUGGUGGAGUAAUAACUACUAUCACAGCUCACAGUGUUCACAUAUUCCGUUCAUGGCUAGUUUAGAUUCUGAUACUUUAAUAUUCAGUGAAUACCUGAACAAGUUUCUCCACACCAAAAACGAUAUCCUUGAUGGUUAUGUUGGAUGCACGGUGAUUGUAAAACAACCAGCCAUACGGGAUUAUGAAAGUAAGUACUUUGUGAGUAAAUUACAAUGGCCAGAAGAAGAACUUCCAAGUUAUUGUAGUGGAGCAAUGAUUAUUGAGAACUUUCAGGCAGCAGGCAUGAAAAUGCAAAAUGUGCCAGGAAUAUAUCCGUGGUUAACUGAUGAUGUCUGCUCCUCAACGGCUAUCGCUGUCCAUCCAAUAAAACCAAAUCGCUUGCCUUCUGUCAUUCAGUACAGUGAAUUCUUACAGCAAAUCAAUAAAGCCUAA